GGUGUCUGUUUCUGUGCGACAUUUUGCAGUUCCUUUGCAGGCUUCCAUCUCCAAAUUUUGCACUUAUGGGCCGUUGUGUGCAGUAGUGACUAAGGCAGUGGUGUGCGCACAUGCAAAAGUCACUCAUUCUGCCAAGAAUGGCAGAAAGAACUUCCAGGAGGCUAGAAAGAUGAUGUCUUAACUGAGGAAACGGAGCGAUGGACAAUGCAGCUUGAAGUUUUGGUAGCAAUCAGCCUGGAAUGGACAGAUAAGUUGCUUGCUUUCCUCUUCUGCCUCAAUGCUUCACUCGAGUUAGUUCCUAGGUGUACAGAAUGAGUAGGAUGUGGGUUUCUUGGAACUUCACUAAAGACUCAGGAGGGUUUUAUUUUUGGAUCCGUGGUAGAUUUACUCCACUGUAGUUAAGCGGGGCCUGGCCCGUAAUGCUAGGUGGAAUGCGAUAAGGUUACUUAUGAUCAUUUUCGAAAUAAGUAGAUCUUGAUGCUUGGAGUUCUUCUCCCUCAGACCCUCCCAAAUAGAAUAUAAUAAUUCCUGUGUUCAUUAAUGGCUUUUGAAGCUUUGCUUUCAGUCUGGCUCCUCUGAACAAAAUUUUUGUCGAGCAUUUUUAUAUUUUUGGUGCCAUUUUUUUUCCUGUUUGUAAAGAGAAAACCAGGCUUGGAUCUACACUCAUAGUGUGUGCGUGUGUGUGCUUGUAAGUCUUCAAGUACUUUCAUUUUACUGCUUUUUUUUUUAAAAAAAGAACAAUAACAACCCAGUUAUAUGCUUUCAGACGCGAUCAGCCUCCUGCCAAAUCCAUCUAGACUGCAUGAUGGUCUCGUCUCGGAAAUGGACACAUAGCAGUUUUCUGUAAAGCUCAGAUGUGGCACAUUUCCUUGGGUCCCCCACUAGUUUUUGACUUCCGGAAGAAUACACUCUGUUGUAAAACCAACGUGUUUCGUACUAGGGUAUGGUUUGGGGGUGAGUAGUCUGCAGUUCUGCUAUUUUUUUUUUUUAACAAAACCUGACUCGAUUGAAUGAAAUGCCUUCUGGUGAUCCUUGUCUCAUCUCUUUCCCCCAUGUAAACCAAACUUAACAUGAAUGUGGGGCAGAUUUUUACAUAAUAGUGUAUCCUGCAUUGAAGCUGAUCUUGGCUUGCAUAUUACUAAAAUUCAAUUUAAAUAUUAAAAACACUUGAAGCUAUAGUGAAGUAAUGCAAAGCUGAUUCCCCCCCCCCCUUCCUUUGUCUGAAACUGAACUCCUGCAAUCCUCAAAUGUGACUUACCCUGCUGGAGAAAUAGAUACCUUUUUAAAUCCCCAAUAAAAUGAAAUAAAAUAAACCAACCUCUUGCUUGCUUGUUUUAAUUCCCCCCCCCUCCUUGUCUUGUUCUAAGCUUUCAUCAUGUCACCCAAAAAAGGGAGUUGGAAAGUUAGCUCAAAAGUUUCAUGAAGGCAAGCAUAGCAUAUUUAAAAUCUCACAUUUGUAGAUGAUCCUACUUUUAAGCAAAAGUUAGAGGAAGUAUUAGUUUAGUCUUGGUGCCAUGAAAGAUGACUCAGUGUCGAUACAAUACCAGAGCUGUGUUUUAAAUGAUCUGGUUGUGGCUUGUGUAGAAUGAAGGGUAAUGUGUAGUAGACUCAUUGGCCAUAAUGGCUAGAGUUGAUGGGAAGUCAUAGAUUCAUAGAGUUGGAAGGGAGCCGCAAGGGACAUCUAUUCCAACUCCCUGCCAUACCGAAAUACACAGAUAAAGUAGUCCCAAAAGAUGGUCAUUCAGCACUCUUUGAAGACCUCAAGAUGGAGAGUCCACCACCCUCUGAGGUAGUCCAUUCUACUAUUGAACAUCUUUUAUCAUCAGGAAGUCCUUCAUAGUGUUUAGGUAGACUCUCCUUUGUUGCACUUGGAAUCCAUUGGUUCAUAUCCUAGUCUCUAUAUCAGGAAUUCCGAAACUCUGGGCUUCCAAGUGUUUUGGACUUCCGUUCCUAGAAUCCCAGACCAUGGGCCAAGAUAGCAGAGGCUUCUGGAAGCUGAAGUCCAAAAUACCAAGAGGACCAGAGUUUAGGAAUGACUGCUCUUGAGCAACAGAAAAGGUUAUGCCCUCUUCCACAUGACAUUCUUUAGGUAUUUCGAGAUAGCUUUCACAUUGCUUCUUGGUCUUCUCCAAGUUAAAUCUUAAGCCUGAUAUACCCAAACGUUAGUUCUCCAAGUAUUUUGGACUUAGGCUCCCAGAAGCUACCAUAGGCAAUGUCCAGGACUCCUGGGAAUUGAAGUCCAAAAUGCCUGGAGGAUCAAAGUUUGGGAAUUGCUGCGUCUAAGCUGUUCCUCAUAAGACUGCUUUCAGAAGCCCACACAACUGUUGUUUUGGGCAACGUAGAUCCCCUUCUCUUUAGCCAAUGCAUGGUGCCAGGUGGGUACUCCCAAGCCACAAAAUUCUUCCUGGGAGAUCAGGGCUGGAAUCUCUCAGUGACACAAGUGUGAAUCUAGCCUAUGUCUGCAGGUGUCUUUCCCCCCAUUUUGGUCAUUGUGGAGACUGGUGGUCUUUCCCUCUCCCUGCAGUGACUAAAGCCCUCUGCCUCAGUUUUGCUGCAAUGGUUUUCCUUCCACAGCAAUUCAGUGACUGAUGGAGAGCAGGGGACCUAUGAAGUGUUUGACUCUGCCCCAGUAGCCAGAGAAAAGACCAGUGGCAUCACCCACUAAGACCAAUGCGUCUGGAUGUGAGGAUGUAGCCAGAUGCUUCUUCAGUUUCCCCUACUCUCCAUCAGCUACUGUAUGGCUAUGGAGAGGACAUGGUGAUGGAAGGAGAGCCAUAAUAUAAUUCUACCUUCAGAUUUUUUUCUGUUAACACUUGGUGAUGCUGGCUUUUGGCCAAGGUUUGCAGUAGUCAGGAUGGGGAAAGUCUGCAGGCCUUUAGGAAUUACGGGAGUGCAGAUCCAAGUGUUCCUCACCAUUAGCUGUGCUGCGUAAGGGUGAUAGCUAUGUCCAUAGACUGAAAACAUCUGGAGGGCUGCAUGUUUCACACACCCUGCAACUUCAUUUCAAAGAUUUGUAAUUUGAAUCGACAUCCUCACAUACCAAUGACAUAUAUAUGUCUGUCCCUGGUUUCCACUCAACCAAAUGCAUCUGAGGAAGUAGACUGAAGUCUAUGGAAGCUCCUGCUGCCAAUUUCUUUCUUUCAGUGAGUCUCAAAGGUGCUACAAGAUCUCUCUGUGUACUGGUUCUGCAGACUAACACGGCUAUAUCUUUGUAUUCUGCCCCUGCUUUAGGACAUCCGUUUAAGGUUGGUUUACACCUUAUAAUAGGGAUCGGUGAAAAUGUUGAGGGGGAUUUAUUGUUGACCAAAUUUGCCAAUACUAUAGAUACUUUCAUGAUACAGAAGGGGAAUAUUCCUACAUUGUACAGAAAAAUUGGACCCUGGGCCUGCUGCCCAUCUCUGCCUUAAAGGGAUUGGUGUCAACAAUCCAACAUGGGGCAUAAAUGAACAUAGUUAAAGGAAUUGGGAGACUGACACCCAACAGAAUAUGCAAGAUGGCUGGAUAUUUGUGUCUUGGUGAGGCUUGGUAUAAAAUGUUAUAUAAAUGUUUUAUGUACAAAAGAAUUGCAUAAUUGGAUAAGAUGCUUGUAUGAAUACACAAUUGUGCAAGGGGACAGCUUUCCCCAUCCCUGAUACCCCUGCGGCUCACAUUCCAACAUAGCAGAAAUAGGUCUGGCACCAUGGAUAACUUUAAAGAAGCGAAAUUCCAGAGUGGAGACGGCUCAAAUUGCAUUUUGGGCUGGGAAUGGCUUCGGGGACAGUUGUGAUUAGUGCCUGCACUUCAAAAUUUUAUAGAAGCAAUGCAGUUUGACACCACUUUUAACUCCCACGACUCCAUCUUGCCGAAUCCUGGGAUUUGUAGUUUGGUGAGGCCCCAAGGGAUGUCAAACUGCAUUAUUUCUACAGUGUAGAUGCACUCUCAGGGUAAAUAAACCCGUGUGAAGGACUUUGUAUGAACUGAGAACAGGAAUCCUCUGUUCCUGGGAGCAACAGAACAAUAAACGAGAUGCACAGAGGGAAUUUUCCUAGUUGGGGUUAUUUUGGUUGCUGGAGGGCAGUCCUGCUCUGUGAAUCCCCAUCGUCCCCACCAUUUUCCUGGGCAACAAAAGAGACGGGUGUCAGCCACUUCCCACGGCUCAUUGACUCCAAGAGUUGCUGCGGCAACAAAAGAACAUGUCCCCUUGGCUACCGUUUCCGUUGUUGCGCAGCCUCAACUGACAUGCUCCCUUGGCUAAGGCACACUGUCCGCAGCAACGGGAAGACGCUGGUUGGAGAAAGCAGCAUUGUGUAGGCCUCAGACCGAGCCAAGGGCUUUCUAGUUCGGUGGGUCUCUUUGCCGGGGGCCAGGUGGUGCAGAUCGGAGCCAUGUCUCACCCUGGGGUGCUCCUGACCAAGGAGCCUGCUCCGCAGACCAUCCCAGUCUCCGAGCUGCCCAUGAAAGUUUAUGAGCCGGCCCUCAACAUCGGCCCCGAUUCCUCCUCCGGCUUGGCAACGGCGGGCUUCCGCACGGCCAAAUACCUGCUCGAGGAAUGGCACCAGCACAACUACGGUGUGUACCAUGAGGCCUUCGCUGACCGCGACCACUCCGAGCGAUGCCGCCAUGAGUCCAAGCACUUGGCGGCCCUUACGGCCGAGCUGGCACAACGCACCCAGCAGGAUUCAACGACCAAGGUGGGCGAACGGCUGCAGGACAUCCACUUCUGGAAGUCAGAGCUCCAGCGGGAGAUUGAGGACCUCGUGGCCGAGACAGGCCUGUUGGCGGCCCAGAAGUUGAGGCUAGAGCGGGCCUUGGAUGCCACCUCAAUCUUCUACAGCAUUGCCAUGGACAACCUGCAAUGCCGGGAACGGAGGCAGUCGCCCGACCUGGUGAGGGACCAGGUGGAGGUCGAAUUGCUCAAGGAAGCUGAGCUGAUCAGAAAUAUACAAGAGCUCCUGAAAAGAACUGUGAAGCAAGUGGUUAACCAGAUGCAGUUAAACCGAGAUCAGAAGCAGAUUUGCGAAAUGGAUUGGUCUGACAAGCUUGAAACAUACAACAUUGACGAGAAGUGCGGGAGGUACAACAACCAAAGCACCAACAUCCAGUUCCACCCGACCUCAGCCAUGUUUGAGGACAGUGCUUCUACCCCAGAAACCUGGGCCAAGCACAGCCACGACAACAUCUACCGGGCCGAGCGGGAGAAACUGGCCUCCAUCAACCUCCGCGCUGUGAUCGACAACAUCCUCCAUGACACGGCCGAGGACCUGCGCCUGCAGAGCGAUGUGGCGAACGAGGCCUUCGCCACGCGUUGCGCGGAAAUGGAGGAUGCCAAGCACAAGCUGGAGCACCAUCUGAAGAAGAUCCUGAAGGAGAUUGGAGAUCAAGAGCACAACAUUGCGGCUCUCAAGCAGGCGAUUAAAGACAAAGAGACGCCGCUCAAAGUUGCCCAGACGAGACUCUAUGAUCGUUCUUUCAGGCCUAAUAUUGACCUCUGCAAGGACGCAGCCCAGUUCAGGUUGGUCAGCGAAGUUGGGGAGUUGACAGCAUCCAUUGAGGCUCUGAAGGAGAAGCUUGAGGGCUCAGAACAGGCCCUGGUGAACCUAGAAGCCACGCGGAUGAAUCUGGAGAAGGAGAUUGCGGUCAAGGCUAACAGUAUUUUCAUCGACAGGCAGAAAUGCAUGGCCCAUCGCGCCCGGUACCCAACAGUCCUGAAACUAGCUGGCUAUCAAUAGGGAUGUCAGCUCAGCUGUAGGACUGCAAGCCAGUAUUAAUGUUAGAAGUGUUUUCUAAUUCCAUUUCUUUAGGUUAGUGAGGAAUGUAGUUACACAGGAAGUUAAGCCUCAGUCUCUCUUCCCCGCUCCCCCAGUUCUUUGGUUUGAGAUGAAAUAAAAUGCAGAAAUGAUGCCCUAAAUAGUUGGCUUUUCUCGUUUGCAGGUUGUAUCCUUUCAUCCGGGAGGAGCGAAUUGUGUAAAUUAAGAUUGGCAAAGUGUGGGCCCUCCAAGCCCCCAUUUGUAAUUGUAAUGUUUUGCCCCCAAACCAGCCAAAAGCCUCUCCCAAAUGCCCCCAAAUGUUGUAGUUUGCCUAUGAGGUCAGAUAAUGCUAACCAGAUAGGCCCUUACUUUCAUCCUGAAUAUUCAUAUUUAUUUAGCAAAACUGGUAACACAGUCUGAACUUUAGGAGAGCUAUUUCCCCGAAUAGGCUUGGCACCUCAGAUAACUCCUAGUUUAGACAAAAACACAGAGCGGAUUUCAUCAUUUUACUGAUACGACGAGGACCAGACGCUUGGGAACUAUUUGCAAAGAAGUCAUUAUUAUUAAGAAGUGGAAUAUGCAGAUGUAAAAAGUGGUACAAGUGGAACAAAAAAUUAUAAAUAACAGAUACGGACAAUGUGAAGUCGAAGGCUUUCAUGGCUGGCAUCCAUCGUUUUUUGUGUGUCUGAAGAUGCCAGCCACAGAUGCAAGCGAAAAGUCGGGAAUCAAUUCUUCCAGAACUUGGCCAUCCAGCCCAAAAGACUCACAAAAAACUAUAGAUACAGACAGACAGGUCUCUUUUAAAUCAAAAGGCCAGGCUUACAAAGAGCUGCACCCGGAAUCAUGGUUGUUAAUUCCCCCCAUGAGCUCAUAAGAGCUUCUUUGCAACUAUCAGACUUUGCCUUAGUUGCUCGCACAUUUCGGGCAACUGUUUCAGUUAAAUCCCUAAAUUCCAUUGGAGGCCAUUUUCUGUUUUAAUUGUCAAGGAGCCUGAGGGGAGAUUAAAGAGUUUAUGAAAUCUCAUUUUUCAUUUUUUGAACAGUUGCAGGGGAGAUUCUUAGUUGUGUUGACACUUGAGAGAUAAGAUGGCAUAUCUAUCUAGGCAAACAGCAUGAAUAAUCACCCAAAGAAAUAAAUGCGAUUGGAUGUGCUUUUAAAAUGCCACAUAAUUAUAUGCUUUGCCGUACAAAACUGGCUGAUUGCUUAGGUCAGCCUUUGCCAACCUGGUGCCCUCUAGAUGUUUUGGACGGCAGCUUCCCAUACCCACCUUCUCCUUCGUCUCCUCUCCUCCUCCAUCUAAAUGUGAAAUACAGAAAAGGAUACACAGUGGGAUCUGCUUAGAGAUCCUACUCAUUGGUGGCCUCUGUGUCAGUAGGGCAGUGGAUCCGG